UUUCGAACAAGAAUUGAAAAAUGAAGAGUUAGUACAAAGCCAGCUAGGAACUCCACUGCUUGGAAUUAUUUUAAGUUACCUCGGAGACGGGAGACCCAUACCAUGUCUUGUUGCUAAGGAAUCAUUAACUCCUCCUAGCAUACACUACUUGAUUGAGAAAAACUUAGUAGUUCACUACACUGCAACCAUUGUUCUCUUACCUUUCUCUGAAAAUCCAUUCACUUUGCUGUUGUUGAGAUCAUAUCAUCAUGGCUGGUGCACUUGUUGGUGGAGCUUUCCUUUCUGGCUUCAUUAACGUUUUCUUUGACAGGUUGCUCACAAUGGAUACAGCCAACCGGGUCUUGGGCAAGAAACUUGGCCCUGACUUUGUUGAGAGGCUGAAAAUUUCUCUGCAUGCUGCUGAAGCUGUGCUUGAUGAUGCUGAGUACAAGCAACUGGGCGACGAACGUGUGAGGAAUUGGCUCAACUGUCUGAGAGAUGCUGUUUAUGAUGCUGAUGACUUUCUGGACGCUGUACUCACCAAAGCCGCCACUCAAAAGGAGGUACGUUCUUUGUUGCCUAGUUUCUUCCUCAACCGACAUAGGAAGAUGGUAGAUAACAUGGAAGGGGUGGUUGCAAGAAUAGAAUUUCUUGUAAGUCAAAAAGAUAUCCUUGGUCUUCAAAAAACUACCAAGGAUAAUAACUUGUCAUCAUCAUCAUCAUCGUCAUCAUCAUGGCGAGAAACCACAUGUCUGAUGGAAGGGAACAUAUAUGGCAGGGAGGAUGAUCAACAAGCUUUAAUCAAAACAAUAAAUAACAGUGAAUCUCAGUUGUCUGUGAUUCCUAUUGUUGGCAUGGGUGGGGUUGGUAAAACAACCUUAGCCAAAUGGGCGUACAGUGUCGCGGAAGGAUUUGAUCUCAAAGCAUGGGUCUGCAUCUCUGAAACAUUUGAUGUCGCUGAGAUUACAAAGAAAACCAUUGAGGAGAUUACCAAAAAUUCUUGUACUCUUGGGAGUUUAAAUUUGCUUCAAAAUAAACUGCAGGAAAUCUUGUCGGCAAAGAAGUUCUUUUUUGUUCUAGACGAUGUCUGGAGCGAAGAUGCCGAUAAGUGGAAGCAAUUUAUAGCUCCUUUUCACUGUGGGGCUAAGGGUAGUUCAAUUCUUCUUACAACUCGUAUGAAAGAGGUUGCUUCAGUAGUUCAAACAUGUCCCUCUUGCACUCUUAAUGAGUUGUCGGAAGAGUCUUGUUGGUUAUUGUUUGCAGCCAAUGCAUGUUUUCCAGAGUCAAACGGGAACCCAACACUAGAGGAUGUUGGUAGAAAGAUUGUCAAGAGGUGUAAGGGGUUGCCAUUAGCUGUAGAAACACUUGGGCGUUUCCUGCGAGGAAAGGAUGAUGCUAAAGAAUGGAAUGUUGUUUUAAGGAGUGACAUCUGGGAAUUUUCUACGAAAAAUAGUAAAAUUAUUCCAGCAUUGUUAAUAAGCUACUUCCAGCUACCUCCUUACUUGAAGCGUUGUUUCGUUUAUUGUUCUUUGUUUCCCAAAGAUUAUAAUUUCGAGAAAACUGAACUCGUUUUGCUGUGGAUGGCUGAAGAUCUUUUAAGGCUACCAAAAAGAGGAGAGAGUUUAGACGAGGUUGGUUCCGAGUGUUUUGAAGAAUUAGCUUCAAGGUUAUUUUUUAAACCAGCUGAGGAUCCUGCUGACAGGUACGUGAUGCAUGAUCUCUUGCAUGACUUGGCAAUAUUCCUUGCUGGAGACUUCUAUUAUAGAAUAGAAGAGCUUGGUGAACAAGAAAAGAAGAAGGUUCUCACUCGUCAUUUGUCACGUUUCCCACGUGGAACCGUAUGUCCUUCAAUCACAAAAUUCUCUAACUCCAUUGCGAAAUUGGAAUCUUUGAGGACAUCGUUGUAUAUUGAUGAUUUGUUAAGCCUGAAAAGCAGAGCAUCAAAGUUGAAAUACUUGAGAGUUUUAUCCUUUUAUAAACUUGAUGUAUUACCAUAUUCAAUAGGUAAAUUGAUUCAUCUACGCUAUUUGAAUCUCUCUUCGACCAAUGUUAAGACAUUACCAGAGUCAUUAUGCAACCUGUAUAAUCUACAAACUUUAAUAUUGAAUGGAUGUUAUGGCCUGACCAAGUUGCCCAAUUGCAUGCAUAAUCUUGUGAAUUUACUGCACCUUGAUCUUAGGAGUACUUCUUUGAAAGAAAUGCCUGGAGGAAUAAGCAAAUUGAAGCACUUGUCUAUUUUAUAUUAUUUUGUGGUGGGCAAGCACAAAGACCGUGGAAUCCAGGAAUUAGGAGGGCUGUCAGACCUUCAAGGAUCAUUUGAGAUUAAGAAGUUGGAGAAUGUUGUUGAUGUCAGACAAGCAAGGUGCGCAAGGAUGUUGGAGAAGAACCACAUUGACAACUUAUCGUUGGAAUGGGAUUCAGGUGAUGAGAUGGUUUCAAACAAAGAGACUGAGAGAGAUAUACUCGACUGCUUGCAACCCCACAAUGGCUUGAAAAUGUUGAGAAUCGCGGGAUACACGGCCGAAAGAUUUCCAGAUUGGGUGGUGCACUCUUCUUACAACAAUAUGACGAGUGUAUCUCUAGAGUAUUGCAAGAAUUGCUACAUGCUGCCUUCACUUGGACAACUGCCAUCUCUUAAGUCCCUCCGCAUUAAAGGUUUUCUUGAGCUCAAGCGUAUCGGUGAUGAGUUUUACAAGAGUGACAGCGAUCAUCAUUCUUCGCCUACACCGUUUCCCUCACUCGAGAAUUUGGUGUUUGAUUACAUGCCAUGCUGGGAGGAGUGGCACGUACCUGACCCAAAAGCUUUUCCUCAGCUUAAGAAACUUCGAAUAGCAAAUUGUCCAAUGUUAAACGGCAUAUUCUGGAGAAGGGUUUCUUCUUUGUCGGAUGUUUCCAAAGUAGGCAAACUGGAAUUCCCGCAGCAGAAGUAUGAUUUGGUAGAGCUAAUAAUAUGCUUCUGUGAUUCAUUGACCUCCUUGUGGUUGGAUGUCUUUCCCAAUUUCAAGGAUCUCCUGAUAAGCAAGUGUAGGAAUCUGGAAUCGGUGUCAAUUUCAGAGGCACCACACGCUGCUCUUCAACGUCUCAAAAUCAGUGGGUGCUCCAAAUUAGUGUCAUUUGCAGGAGAAGGACUGGCUGCACCCAACUUGACUCAUCUCAGGAUCACAGAUUGCUACAAGUUGGAGGCAUUACCACGUGACAUGAAUAGUCUACUCCCAAGUUUACACUCUCUCAAGAUAUAUGGUUGCCCAAACAUUUGCAGGUUACCAAAGGGUGGUUUGCCGCCUAACUUGAAAUCACUUGGUGUGGAAUUUUGCGAGCAACAAAUGAGGGAUCUAUCAUGGAUCGCCAACUUGCACGCCCUCACUCAUCUUACCAUUAGAGGUUUUUACUGCGACAACAUAAAGUCAUACCCAGAGGUGGGUUCGCUGCCUCACCUUCCCUCCCUUACCACUCUCAAGAUACUUGGGUUCAAUAAUCUGGAGACAUUGGAGUGCAAUGAGCUUCUCCGCCUCACCUCCCUUCAACAAUUGUUCAUUUCAUUAUGUUCAAAGCUGGAGAAUAUGGAAGGAGAAAAGCUGCCUCCCUCUCUUUUGCUACUUGAAGUUUUUCACUGUGAUUUGCUGGGAGAACACUGCAAGAACAAGCAUCAACUAAUCUGGCCCAAAAUUUCCCACAUCCCCACCGUUAAAUAUUUUCAAUAGAGAUUUCUGAGCAGACAAAUUCACAAGGUGAUGAAGGUAUGUAGCUAAUGCAGACAUGAUUCAAGAAUAUGCUUUCCACAUUUAAAGAUGACAAUCCUGUACCUGAAAUAGUCAUUAGAAGGUGAAGUUCUGGUGAUGCCAUCAGGAGCAAUUUCAUUCCUAUCAACUUCACUCAUUGAUCUUUAUCUUGGUAUGUGCAGUUUGUACAUAUAUUAACCUGCAGUGGGAUUCAAAUUAUUCAAGAAAAAGCAUUGUCAUAGAAUAUUUGAUCUUUUUGGACUGAAUUGAAGAGGAUAGCUACAAAUAUACAGGGUUAUUGUUAUGUAAAGUCAGGGUAUUAUGUGUAUGGAAAAAUUUUUCUUUUAUAACUUGUAGUAUAUAACCAUCAAAUUUUCUGAACACGGAUUUCUGAGCUGGUAAUUAUCUAACUUCACGGUUCUCAUACCACCACAAUUAAAUUAUACAUGCAUAAAUUUCCUUCUCCUCAAAAGAGAAUACCUCUCUCUUUCUUUAGACAUUAUUAACUAGUUGGACUGAUAUAAAUUUGCAUUCUUUUUUUUUUUCAUUUAUUGGAAAACCUCUCACUUUGUAGUUGUACUCGAAAGAAAUAUCCUCUGUUAUUCUCAGAAAAGGUACAUUGUUAUGAAGUAAAAGUGCCAAAACUGCAGAUAUUUCAUCAUAUAUAAUCUUAUACAAAUAUUUUAGCUACAGGAGAUACAAGGAGGAUUAAGCAGAGCAAGUCAAAGAUUAUGAAACUGUUAGGGACUUGGGUAUUAUGGGGUGUUCAAAGUCGCACAUCGAGUAGUAUGGAAUGCUUGAUAUUGUAUAUAAGGAGAGUGGUUCUUCCCCCUUAACAGCUAGCUUUUAAGGUGUGGUUUUCCACUUUCCUUAGAUACUUAACAAUGGUAUCAGAGCGUGUCGAUAGAGUGAAUCCUAGUGGCAUAUACGCAUUAAAAAGUCAUCUCUAAUUUUCCAACUACCUCUUUUUCCCAUUUGGUAUUUAUGCUGUUCAUAUUGUAAACAUUAUUUGAUCUUUGUUUGGUAAGUAUUAAGCUCGAUGGAGUGUAAGCAAACACUUCAUCAGAAGUUGUUUGUUUUACUUUCUUGGAAGAAGAGUCUUCGGGUUAAAGUGAAACACUGUUGUAGUUGUACUAGCUUAGCUUCUUGGUGGUGUUGUUUGACUGAAAUUCUAUUAUUUAACCAAAGGCUGAAAUUUGUAUGUUGGAGCUUCAUUAUCCAUCUGUCAUGUCAUGUCAUGGGGGUUCGGCUAUAUUUUUAUGUUGGUUGCCGAAAACCUAACACAACCCUCCUCCUUUAUCCGGGCUUGGGACCGGCUAUGUACCGCAAGUGUAACAUAGGCGGAGUUUCAUUAUCCAUCUGUAAAUAAAUAAAUAAUAAUUUAUAUAUUACUUCCAGGGGAAGAAUUUCUUAUCCCUAUAUUAUACCCUCCUCA